GACAACUGCUGGGCCCCCCGCCGGUCUUCCGGCAAAGCGCGGAAUACGGAGGCAAAGUGUUUCCAAUGUUGUAGAUAUUUUGGAUCAUUUACUUUGGGAAGUUAAAGUUAUUGAUUAUGGCUCACUAUGCCAAAGAAGAACUGGAUGAAGAGUUUGAACAGUUCAUGAAAGAGCUUUCAGAUGAUUCUUUUGAAAAUUCAAACAAAACACCUGGACAGUCUAAAAGAGAAGUGAAAAAGAAAGAUACACUGCCAUGGUGGAUAACUGCAGAUGAUUUUGAAGAUGGUGGACUGCCCGGAACAAAUGUAAGUUACUUGAAAACAAAGACGACUUCUCAGCCUAUUAUGGACACUGUUAUGGACAUAGAAGAUGAGUCUGCUGGAAGGAUUCAGUUUCUCAAGAGCAGUGGAACCUCUAUUUUAAGUAUUGACAGCUUAGAAACAAAUGAGAUAGUUGUUUCUGAGCUCAAUCAUAGUGUUCUCGGAUUGGGAUUGGACACAUUAGAAGAACAAGAGGAAAAAGAGCAAUUUUUUGCCAGACUUGAGAAAGGCUUAACAUCUUCUAUUGAUUAUUCAAGAUUAAAUAAGGAAUUGGAUUCUAAUGACUCCACACAUUUUAAAGCUUUACAUAGUAAUCAAGCUAAUAUAGAACUAACUGAAGAUAAACAUGAGAAUGAAUUGAAACAUGAAGAACUAGCAGAAAAUUACAGUGAUGAUUUUGAAGAUGAGGAAGAUACUGAUGCACCUUUGACUACUAUAGAUGAAGAGACUAAUUCCAAAGAAAAUCCCAAGUCAGAAAAAAUAAAUGCACCCAAACAGGAAGAAGAGAAAACUGGCAUGCUGGCCAAUGUGGUGCUGCUUGAUUCAUUAGACUCUAUUGCAGAUGUCACCCUUAAUGAACAGGAUAAAGCAACAACUGUGCCAAAAGUUCUGCCUGAAAUAACUGAUAAUGAAAUGACAGGAACAGGUGUUUCUCAUGGACAAAGCAGUAGUGACAUUGACGCUCUUCAUCAGGCUUAUUGUCAUGUAGCCCAUUCCUUGGGAGAUACUGAUGAACAAAGAAUUGAGAACACUGUCAUGGAAAAUACCAAGAGCCCAGUGAAAGGUCAUCCUCAAGAAAAUGAAGACUCCUCCAAAAACAUCUCUACUACAGAAUCUGAUCUGCCCACAGUAGAGGAGCUGAUGAAACCUAUCAGAAUAGAUUCUUUUGGGAUCAGUGGUUUGGAUUUACACCCUGUCAGCUGUAAGAAACGGGCUGAUAGUAAAGAAAAUGAAAUUUUAAGACCUUUACCCCUUGAGAUGAAGCCAAAUGUUGUCUCUCAAGAACCACAAAAUGUGAGCCAAUUUUUUGAUGAAAAUGAAGUGAAUGUGGUUUUACAAAAGACAGCAAGUGAAAGUGUAGAUAAUAGCUGUCCAAGAGUAAAUACUACAGAAGAAUAUAUAGAUAAAAUGUACCUCGAUAUUUUGAAGAAAAAACUAUCUGUUGAUCCUUCAGUAUUACCUCAGGAUGACAAAAUAAAGAAAACUUUUAGAUCUCAACUCAGUUCUGGAGAAGGGGCUGUAAUUGGUAAACCGGUACCAUACAAGAAGGCCAGAAGUGCACCUCCUUUACCUAAAAGAAAACCCCAGAAUGGACUAUAUGCAUCAGUUAGGAGCUCAGGCUAUGGAAAACCCAGUUCACCAUUCAAGACAUUUUCUACUAUUGAAAAGAAAACUUCGAAAGACAUGAACAGCAAAAACUUGAGAUCCAUUCCCACCUCAAAUCAAGCCAGGAAAAAAGAAAUCUUAUCUGAAACAAAACUCAUCAAGCCUGCAGCAUUGAGUAAACCAGCUCCCAAAACUGAAAGUUUUCUGGCUACUCCUGAAAAGAAGUCUGAAGACCCUGCAGAACUUGCUUCCUGUGUUCAGUUUCAGAUUAAGGAUUCUUUAAGAUACCAUGGUGGGAACAUGGACCCAGAAUUAAUUAUGUUUAAAAGAGUUCAGGAAGCAGAGGAAAAAUGGAGGGGUGCGCAAGCCCUAAUUGAGCAAAUUAAAGUCACAUUCUCAGAAAAAGAGAGAGAGUUGGAAAAUAAGAUGAACGAACUAAAGAAGCAACAGGAAAAGGAACUGUUCAAAUUGAGUCAAGACAAUUAUAUUCUUCAAGCUAAGUUAAAUAGCUUUGGAGAAACAAACAAAAAACAAAGGUGGUUACAUCUUGGAGAAACAGCUGAUGCUGUUACUGAAGAAAAAUUGAAGCAAAUCCAAAAGGAAAUACAAGAACAAGAGACACUUCUUCGAGGAUAUCAACAGGAAAACGAAAGAUUGUAUAAUCAAGUGAAAGAUCUCCAAGAACAAAACAAGAAAAAUGAGGAGCGAAUGUUCAAGGAAAACCAGAGUUUAUUCAGUGAGUUAGCUUCCUUAAAAGAACAGAUGCAGAAAAAUCAUUUCCUGUCUCACGUAGUUGAAGAUUCAGAGCCCACCAGAAACCAGAAUUUUACAGAUCUGUUAGCAGAACUACGGGUAGCACAGAAAGAAAAAAGCAGUUUAUUGGAAGACAUCAAAAGACUGAAGCAAGACAAACAAGCUCUUGAAGUAGACUUGGAAAAAAUGAAGAAAGAGCGAGACCAAGCCAAAGAUCAGGUUGCCUAUGUCACAGGUGAAAAAUUAUACGAGAUAAAAAUUUUAGAAGAAACGCAUAAACAAGAAAUCAGUCGUUUGCAAAAAAGAUUACAGUGGUAUGCAGAAAAUCAGGAACUUCUAGAUAAAGAUGCAGUUCGACUUAAAGAAGCAAAUGAAGAAAUUGAGAAGCUCAAACUUGAGGUGGAGAAACUGAAAGCUGAAUCUGGAAAUCCAUCUAUUCAGCAGAAGAUACGUUUAAAAGAUAAAGCAGCUGAUGCCAAAAAAAUUCAGGACCUAGAGCGGCAAGUUAAGGAAAUGGAAGGAAUUCUAAAAAGAAGAUAUCCUAAUUCUCUACCUGCUUUAAUAUUGGCUGCAUCAGCGGCUGGUGAUACAGUGGACAGAAAUACAGUGGAAUUUAUGGAAAAAAGGAUAAAAAAACUAGAAACUGAUCUGGAGGGCAAAGACGAAGAAGCAAAGAGAAGCCUUCGUACCAUGGAACAACAGUUUCAGAAAAUGAAAAUCCAGUAUGAACAGAGGCUAGAGGAGCAGGAGCAGCUACUUGCCCACAAAUUGAAGGAAGCACCUCAGAACCAACUUGACAACUCCUCCAGGCUUAAAGCACUAGAGAAGGAACUCGAUGACAUUAAGGAAGCCCAUCAAAUUACUGUAAGAAACCUUGAAGCGGAAAUAGACAGGCUUAAACAUCAGAAUGCUGAAUUAGAACUCAAGAAAAAUAAUAAAGAUGAUAAAGAUUUCCAGUCUAUAGAAUUCCAGGUGGAACAGGCUAAUGCUAAAGCUAAACUGGUAAGACUCAAUGAAGAGCUGGCUGCAAAGGGAAGAGAAAUACAAGACCUUUCAAAAACUGUGGAAAGGCUUCAGAAGGCGAGAAGAAUGAUGCUGUCUAAUCAGAACUCUAAGGGUAGGGAGGAAAGGACUGCAAAAAGGAUGAAGAAAGAUGGUUUGCACCCAGAUAAAGGAAAUGCUAACUCCUUCCCUGGAACCCUGGGCGGCAAGCUUUACCAACCGCAUACUUUUACUGAUUCCCAUAUUUCAGAGGUUUUACAAGAAAACUGCAGAUUGAAAAAUGAGCUGGAGAGAUUAAUUGUAGAGAGGAAUGAGCUGAAGAUGAAAUCUGAAGAAGCUGUGAAACAGUUUGAGAAUUCCAUAAAAAGGCUGAAGGAAGAGACUGCAGCACACAUCAUCUCUCUCAAAGCAUCUCAUCAGGGGGAAGUAGAGAAACUUCUUUGCCAAAAUGCAGUAGAAAAUUCUUCUUCCAAAGUAGCUGAACUAAAUCGUAAAAUAGCAACUCAGGACGUACUUAUAAAACAUUUCCAAAAUCAAGUUAAUGAGCUGCAGGAUAAACAGGAGUCUCUGGUAGUUUCUCAAGUUCGAGAAGAAAUUCUACAGAAAGAGAUUACAAAACUCUUAGAAGAAUUGAGAGAGGCCAAAGAAAAUCAUACACCAGAGAUGAAACAUUUCAUGGACUUAGAAAAGAAAAUUAAACAGAUGGAAAUGAGACAUAAACAAAGAGAGCAAGAACUUCAACAGAUAAUACAGCAGACGCACCAAGUAGUAGAAACUGAGCAAAGCAAAGAACUUGAGAAAUGGAAAAGGCUCGCACAGUUGAAGAACCGUGAGCUAGACGAGUUCCGCACAGAAUUAGACUCAAUAUUAGAUGUUCUCCGAGAGCUGCACCGACAGGGGGUGGUUGUGCCAGUUGCGUUUGCAAAUGAAGUGAAUGCACCAGAGUAUUACUAGAAACGCAGAUUUCACCUGACCUCCUGGAAAGGCCUGGAGACGCCUGGUGGCUGGGAUUGUGCACUGCCAGAGGGGCUUUUGAAAGUGAGCUCCAGUAUGUUGCCAGAAAACAAACACAAAAGCAACGUUUCAAAAUAAAUUGCCCUGAACCAAUAAGAAAAAAAGAAGAAAAAGCAUUACGGGGUAUUUUACUGAAAAGCAUUAACAUUUUAAAUAAUUUAUGGACAAGUCUCUUUAUGUCAGGUGAUUAGAGUUAGCAAAUUUUAUAGUAAAAGUUCUCACUUAUAUGCCAGAUAUGAAAAGAAGGGAAAAUUGCACAUAUUCUGCCACUGUUGACCCAUUUUUGGUGCCAGCAAAACAGCCCCUCUUACGGAAACACAGAGGAAUGUGAGCACAGCCGCACUGACAGUCACCUGAGCCAAAGAGCUUCCGCAGUAACUCGGACAAGCAUUGUAACUUCAGACAAGCAGGCAGUGAGCUACCUUGUGUUCUCUCAGAUUUCCACUCCUACCUCAUUUUCUUUCACUGAUAGAAGUGAAAAAUGUAUUUCACAAGUAAUAGGGGGAUUUGAUUAAUUGCUUUAUGCCACAUGUCUUAAAUGCCAAUUCUUUAUUUGUAACUCUAAGAUGAUAGACAGAAUAUAACAUUUUUACUUUCUCUAUUUAAAAAGUAAUAUAUCUCAUUAGAAAAAAAUUAAACUCUAAAGCAUGCACCAAAGCAGCCAGAUCAUUAUUUUACUUUGGAAGUCCCAUUUUCAAAAGCAGAUAGUACGUAUACAAGAUACUGGUAAGUUAAAGCUGGGGCCGCUUUGUUUUCCAGUGCCCUGGCCCAGUACUGUCCAGUAGAAGUAUAAUUAACAUAAGCCACAU